AAUCGCGAAAAUUAAAAAAAUAUAAAUACCAAAGAAUAAAAAAAAUAGUUUGCAAGUGUGAUAAUCACAUUAGCCAAGGCAGUAAAAAUGUUUUGCUGCCUCAAUCGUGUAAGGCCAACAGCCAUUGUAGUGCUGCUGUGCUUAGUGCAAAACAUUGUUACACUACAGAUACCCGAAGACGUGGAAAUUCUUGAAGGUUAUGAAUUUGAUGAAUCUCCAGAAUACUAUGGCACCGAUGCCAACUAUUAUGAGGCACGAAGUAUGCUUACCGGUGUCAACAAAGCCAUACGCAACAGACGCUCCACACUGGAGUAUGAUCAAGCCAAGGGCUUGGUAACAAAGAAUAGCCUUAACAAAAAACUCCAAGAAAGUCUGAUACACAAUGUCGAAAGUGAUCGCAUCGAGUUGCACAAUACGCCAUCGUCAUCGCAGCAGAAGCAAAUGCAACAGGAGGGUGAAUUGAAACUUGAAGCAAGAAUGCAGCAGGAUGAGCCUCAAGCUCUACCAAAAGCCGAAAAGCAAAUUAUGGAUCCCGAUUACGAUUAUUAUUCGCAAAGGCACAUUUCGCCUUCCUGGAAGGAAUCGGUGAAUAUGUCACCUCCUUCAGAGGAUGAUGAUACAAUAACCGAUGCCAGCACCGGUUACACAGCCAGGUCCAGACAGGCGAGAGUAAAUUUUAUAACCCAACCACGCAAGGAUAACGAGGCAUCCGCAAAGGAUUUGCCUGAGCCAGUAGUCAAAGUAACACCCCCGCUUCCCAAGGCUCAAUAUGAUCAGAAAUUUAAUGCUCUGGCACCUUCCUACAAUUAUGAGAUGUAUCCUUCGCGUUCAUAUGAUCCCUACUUGAGACGUUAUGACCGAUAUGACGAACAAUAUCCCCGUUAUGACCCCUAUAACUAUGAAGAUCACUUUCUGUACCGUCGCCAUCAUGACCCCCAUGACAGCUACAGCCCACGCAUGCCCCAGUAUCCGGAGCCCUACUACAAUUAUCCGGAUCGGCGUUAUGAUAUUCCUGAGCCUCGCGAUUACUUGCCCGUCUACAAUAAUGAAAUCUAUGAAAAGUCCGCCUAUGCACCCAUUACAUACUCCGAUCAUUAUCCAUUGCACUCAAAAUAUCCUGCAGAUUAUCAUACUAAGUAUCCCUUAGACUAUCCUGCAAAAUAUCCCUUAGACUAUCCCACAAAAUAUCCUUUGGAUUAUCCAAGCAAAUACCCCUUAGACUACACGCGAUCCAAUAAACGUAUUGUGUACUAUGCUCAUUUACCGGAAAUUGUUAGAACACCCUAUGACUAUGCCAACUCAUAUAAAAGGGAUCGUUAUGAUGGCAUUAACCCACCCACUAAAGCGUUAACCAAUGCCUAUAAACUGGAUAAAUCAGGAAUUGCUGCAUCAACGACAGUGACAAAUACGGCCAACGGAGAAUCGUUCGAUUAUGUCAAGCGUGACAAAAAGGACCGAGUAACGCCAAAGCCAACUAACACUGGGCGGCUAUAGCUGCCACCGCCGCCACCGCUGCUAAUUGAGAAGUUAUAGUUUUAAGAUGCAUUCAACCAAAUACUACAUGUGAAGAGACCAAACCAUUUACUCAAAUUAGUUUUAAAUUAUAUUUCAUGUUUUAGUUAGUUUCUCAU